AUGGCUACUUAUACCCCAAAGAACAUCCUGUUCAUUGCAUCCCAUGUUGCCAACCGACUUAUCCGUAAUUACCCUGACUACAAGAUCGUUGUACUUGACAAGCUUGAUUACUACUCGAAUCUAAACAACCUCCUCCCCUCUAAAUCAUCUCCUAGUAUCAAGUUCGUAAAGAGGGACAUUGGCAGUGCUGAUCGUGUCAACUACCUUCUCAGCACCGAGUCUAUUGACACUAUAAUGCACUUUGCAGCCCAGACCCAUGUUGACAACUCAUUUGGUAACAGCUUUGAGUUUACCAAGAACAAUAUUUAUGAUACGCAUGUCCUUUUGAAAAUCUGCAAGGUCACUGGCCAAAUCAGGAAGUUCAUCCAUGUGAGUACAGACGAAGUCCAUGGCAAGACAGACGAGGAUGUUGUUGUGGGAAACCAUGAGGCUUCUCAACUCCUCCCAAUAAACCCAUACUCUGCAACAAAAGUUGGAGCAGAAAUGUUUGUCAUGGCAUAUGGUAGAUCGUACAAGUUACCUGUGAUAAUGACACGUGGGAACAAUAAGCUAGAUAUGGUCAAUGGAGUGCUCUUCACAGGAGGUUGGGCCAAAACCGGUUUGUACUAUGAAGUUGUUGAGAGGAUAUUUAAGAAAAUUUUAAAGAAGAAUGAUGCUGGUGACCAUUUUCCACUAUAUGCUAUUUGCUUAGGUUUUGAGUUAUUAACAAUGAUCAUAAACAAGGACCAGAAUAUUCUCGAAUCAUUCAAUGCAACAGACCAGGCGUCUACCCUUCAGUUUAUAGAAAACACACAAAUUGAAGGAAUUGUGUUUCAAAGGUAUACAAGCUUUCAAUUAUAUCUGCACAUUGAUUUUGAUGCAAUUGAAAUUAAUAGUGAAUCUUAUGGAAUUUCACCUGAAAGGUUUGAGGAUAACCAAAAUCUAACCAGCUUCUUUAAGAUCUUGACCACUAGUGCAGAUGAAGAUAAUAAGGUUUAUAUCUCCACAGUACACGCACACAGCUAUCCUAUGAUUGCCUUCCAAUGGCAUCCAGAGAAAAAUGCUUUUGAAUGGGGCUUAUCAAUGAUCCCGCACUCAGAGGAUGCAGUUCAGGUGACGAAACAUGUUGCAAACCAUUUGGUCAGUGAGGCAAGGAAGUCAUUGAACCGACCACCUGCUCGACUUGUGCUCAACAAUCUUAUUUACAAUUACAAUCCCACUUAUUGUGGGAAGGCGGGGAAGGGAUACGAUGAAGUUUAUAUCUUUACCUAAUUUCCAAACCAAAUUCCAAAGGUCUUCCUUCCGAUAUUUGCAGUGUACAUGGUAAUUCUUCCCGGACUCUCCUUUUUUUAGGAGUUGGAAAUGUAAACAUUCAUCAUCAGCAUCG